CAGAGGAUAAAAAUAUUGACAUUUUUUUUAGGACCAGAAACUGAAGACAUUUAAAUACUUAAUUUGUUGUUAAAUUUUAUACGAUGUUACUAGGAUAAAAUGGCACAUUUUGGAAAGGAUGCUGACAGUCUAACUUCCUCCCAUGAAAGAACGAUCAAGAUUCCACGAACAGUAUCGAAGGAUAACUUUACACUUUACAUAAUAGAAGUUAAUAUUGGAUCCUAUACCUGGACUGUUGAACACAGAUACAGUGACUUUCAUGAACUUCAUGAUAAGCUUGUAUCCAGUUAUAGAUUAGAAAAAUCUCUGCUACCACCAAAGAAAGUUUUUGGAAAUCAGAGUGAUGCUUUUAUUAAGAAACGACAGUCGGAUCUGGAAGUUUAUUUACAGACUGUUAUCUAUUACUUAGCCCAAAAGAUACCUCCACUUUUAGCAACAUUUCUCGACUUUGAGCAAUAUGAAAUUCAUGGUAUAACCCAGGCCUUAGCUGAAGAGCUGUACAACAGGGGUGAAAGUAUUUUACAUCUGCGAGAUACUUAUACUAUUUCUGCUCUACAACUUUAUGCUCUGACAGAAAGAUUAAAACUGCCAGAACCAACCUGUGAUAGUGGUGAUGUUAAAAAAGAUUUAGGUCAUAUAUUGGAUUUUAUUACUAGAUUAAAAUAUCUCAAGGUGUAUGGUAGUGAUGAAUAUGUUGGAACCAGCAAUAUUAAUAUGAACAAAUUGACCUUUGAUCUCACGUUAUUUAAAUCCCUUCAGUAUAUAGAGAUUAUUAAUUGCAGUCCAACAGCUAUGAAAGGAUUAGAGACAGUUAAACAGACAUUGCAAUCUAUUUAUGUUCAUAACACACUGACGGACAUAAGGGAGAUAUUGUUACCAGAUGCUCGUCAUUGGAAAGCAGAAGAUGGUACAUUAGUUGUAUCAUACUGGGAUGGUCUGGAAGUAGUUGAUAUGGCUCAUAAUUCCAUAACACAAAUUGAUGACUGUAUUCAAAUGAUGCCACAUGUUGAGAAAUUGGAUUUAAGUCAUAAUCAAAUUACCGACCUGAAAUAUUUACAGUUGUUGAGUCAGCUGACAUAUCUUGAUCUUUCCUAUAAUCAAAUAUCGAAUCUUGUAUCUCUCCACACUAAACUAGGCAACCUAAAGACUUUGAAAUUGGCUGGAAAUAAACUGAAAGAUUUAACAGCUUUUUCUAAAUUGUUUUCAUUGGAAGUCUUAGAUGUUAGUCACAACGAAAUCUCAUUGAUCAAUGAUGUCCGACCUGCAAGUGGUCUACCAUGUUUGGAGAGUUUGUUAUUAAUGGGAAAUGCUGUUACCAUGGUAUUAGAUUACAGAACUAAAGUUUUAGAACUCUUUGCUGAUCGGGUGAUGGAGGUGAGUUUAGACAAUGAAAAAGCCAAUCAAAAAGAACAAGAUACAGUUGCUGUUUUACAAGCCUUACAAAAAGCUAAAGAUACAAGGGAAAGGGCAAAACAAAUAUCUAACAGAAAGAGCGGUGAAUUGAGUGAUGUAGCAUCUAGUUGUACCCCACCCAAACUAACAGGUGACCCAGCCAAUUUAUCGAGAUCUGCCCCACCCACCAGCUCUACCCAUCCUCUACAUAACCCCACCCAUUUCUCAGGUCAAUCAUUAGCACUGGAGAAGGAAAGCACACAAUCACAGGAUGUAACUGGCAAAACCUUACAACCAAUAACAAAAUUAGAUCAACUAGCAAUAGGCAUUGAUAACGCAUCCAACCAAGAUACAUUAUUGUCUGUCAAAUCAAACCAGGAAAAUAAAAUAAAUAGACAUGAUAGAUUAUCAGAAAUUACAAUGUCACGAAGUGAAAGAAAUGUGCUGUUACCAAACAUUGACUCAGUGAAAAAGAAAAGAAAAAGAAUGUCCCUUGUUAAUACAGCAGAUUUACCUAGCUUGAAUAAUACCGAUUUCAUUGAUUGGUUGUCACAGCAACUCCUCACUCCAGAAGAGCUAGAAACAAGGGAGAGAAGUGACAGUGAUAAAAUAUUAGAUAUUCUAUGGUGUAAGGUGAUACAGUUUUCCAAGCCUGAUGUAUUACAGUCCUGUUGUUGUGUGCUUACUAGAAAUAAACUUUUUAUCGAAACUUUAGCUUGCGUGGAAUCUAGUUUUGAUGAUGUUCCGGAUAUCAAACCAGUUUAUGUUUUGCCAACAUGUAAUAUUAAACAACUUAUUAUAGGAUUAUCCCAUAGUUAUUUACGAUUUGAAGAAGCGUUUGUGAAACACAUGGGUACUUUUACACUUAUUGGAUUGGACAAUAAAAUGGUGAAAUCUUUUUUGGAAGUGUUCAAGGCCAAUUGUUACCCAUCAAAAAGUUCUCCCGACAUUUUAGAUUUAUCCCAAGAUUCAGACAUUGCCCAGUUAAUAUUUGCUCGUGAAGAGGCAGCUGGCCUUUCAUCUGAUAGAAUUGUUUUAUCAGUCUGUGUGAUACAGAAAACAACCUCAAAAAACUGUUUGUUAUUCUUGUCUGAGUGUCGUGUUUAUUUACUGCCAGUGUCUUCUUGUCAGUGGCCGUGGCCAACUUUUGACUCAGGAAAUUAUCAAUCUCCAAGACUGGAAGUGCUACAAGAGUUUGACAUCAUGGCAAGAAUCAGUGAUAUAAGAAUGUACCAAGACUCAGAGCCAAAGUUGAAAUCCUCGAAGACCAAUCUGGUUAGAUUUUCAGCAUUUGGUUUAUCAAUGAUGUUUCAUGAAGCACUAUCACAAAACUUGGAUAUUCUUUUCCCUUCCAUGGCUACCAGAGACUUUUUCUUAGAACGCUUGACGAAUUUACGUGCAGAAUUUGCUCAUCGCCUGUCACCUACAUUCCGUGAAGAACCCGAAGGAAGCAAUGAUCCGAUAUCAUGUCCUGAUAAAAAACACACCUCUCAUAAAUCUGGGAAUGUGUAUUCACUACCCUCUAGUUUUGAUUUGAAUAAAUAUUAUGUUCAGGAUAUACUACCUCAUGUUGUUGAAGAAACCAAGAAAAAUAUUCCAGAUAUUAAGCUAGAAAUACCUUCAACUGUUGAUGAAGGCUCUCCCUGUAGAUCCGAAACUGAUUCAGAUCACAGUGAUUCCCGUAAUGGCGAUAGUUUUGGUCUUUUGUCUGCUUGCUCAGCUUCCCCCAUUAACUACCUAACUCGAUCUUUAGAGGACCGUCUUAAGCAAACUCUCAGAAACUAUAAUCUUUGUAAAAACAUACCAACAAAACUGAAACCAUUUGCCUUGAUGGAUGGUAAAGAUUUAGCUGCCUUCUUUCAUGCUAACAUUGCAAAAUUUGAAAAAGGUGAGGAACUUCGAAGAGUAUUCUGGACAACAGUUGUGACUUACAGUGAUCCAAAAGAAGAAAUUGUUUCUUUGGUUCUUAUUAGUACUAGUGCUCUGUACGUGCUGGCUGAUAAAGGUUCUGCAGGUGGUGGAACGUCCAGGCCUCCCUGGAUGAAUCAUAACAGACAUAAAUCGGAUUCAGCUUUUGCAUGGAAGAGUUCAGGCAGCAGUGACAAGAGUGCUUCCAGAAAGCGUGGCUUCAUCAAACCAUUAUUUAUUAUUAAGUUUCUUGAGUUGCAGCAAGUUAAUGUUGGAUUGUUUGAUCAGUGUAUCCGAUUGACAGGACAGGAUGAGAAUUCAGUUUUUACACUCGUUACAAGAGAUGGAAUAUUAACAGAGAUCCUACUGGAAGAGUUUAAAUCCAUGUUAUCGUUAAUGGUUACUUCACCUGUUGCAGAUAAAUCAGACAAUGAUCUGGAGCAAGAUUUCUACAAAGCUUUUGCACGUAGGACCAAAUCAACUGUGGAAGGGCUGGAGUAUAUUCAUCCUAGUCAGGUCAGGUUCUGUUAUCCUGGAGAAGACUCCAUUGAAGAUAUUCUAUACUUAAUUCGAGAUCAACUCAGUAAAGUUCCACGAGCAAUUCCCAAAUCUGGUUCUGGGAAAGAUCAAGUUUUAUGGAUGUACAUGCUGGCCUACAUAACAUGUGAUGAUGUUGAACAAGAUAUCUUGGAUAAAGGGAUUCCCAGAACCCUCAUCCUAACAAACACCCAUAUCUGUCUGGCAACAGAGGACAUUGUCACCUACCCAUUACCAGAUUUUGUUCGUGGACUACCAGAAACACCAAGGCAGGAAAUCAUCGAAAUACGAAAAAUUAUUAACCUGAAACGAGUCGUUUUGUCCAAAUGUAUACCUCAAUUGGUGCAGCUUGUAUUUGCUGAUGAAAGAGAAGAAAUUGUAGUGGACGUGAACAUGGAUCAUUUUAGUUUCGCAAAGGAGACAAAAAACCGAGAACCACUUCCAGAAUUUCGACUGACACUUCUAGUUCAAAGUAGCAACGAAAAGAACAAAUUUUUACAACUACUUCAGAAGAAUUGGAAGGAAGUAUUACCUGAACAUGAAGUUGGUCGUAUAUUAGACAUCCAAACCAAUCUGUGAUAGACUAUUUAAUAAUUUAGAGACUCAUUUCCCGAAGUGUAAUAGACAAAGUGUAAUUAAAAAUCAUGAACAGAGUUAAAUAGUGAAAUUUUCGAUUUAUGUGCACACAAGUCUUAUGUGUGCCUUGUGAAACAGGACCCUUGAUUGUGAAAUUUCAAAUUAUGAUACAUGUAAAUAACAUAUACAUUUGUACCUUAACAGCUUAAAGAUAUAUUCCUUGGAAAAGUUUCUUAGCACAAUUUUUGCAUUUAAAUGACUGACAAAUGACAUUGGGAUUAUCAAAUGGAACUAUUCUUGUUACACUUUAUGCCUAUUUUGCCUGUUCAUAUCUUCUGAUGAGUAUCAUUAUUUGGGUACAAUUGAUCUUUAAUGCUGGACAUAUGUUAGAAAAUUUACAGUUACUGCUAGUAGUAUAUAUUUUAAUUUGUUAUAGAUAUUAAUCCAACAGAACUAUCUUGUUUAUUCUUAAUAUAGUAUUUAUUAUGUAUAUAUAUCUGUAAUGAUCUGUAAUGUGAUUAUGAAAGAGGAGAUUGUUUAGUGCUACUUAUAUAUGUAAUGGAAUUCGGUGAUCUCUUUAAUUUGUUAUACAGUUUAUGCUUGUAGAAAAUAAAUUAUGUAAGAAUUGCACAAGUAUGUCUGAUUAUGUAUUUGCAAAUUAAUAUAUUCAUUCCUUUAUCUAUCUUGAUUGAAUAAUAAUAUUUGAAUAUAGUAUCUCAAAAAGGAUGGUGACAUCUUUUUUAUAAACAUUCUGCCAAAGGUUGUUUUUUUUUUUUUACAAAUCUUUAUAAAUUAGUAUUUGGGCUAUAUGUACAUUGGCAGUCCCCCUGCACUUACUAGUAUAAUACAAUUGUAUUCUAGCUAGUUACAUAUUAAGACAUCAUAUUACCUCAUGCACUGAUCAUUAUUGGUUGUUAUUUUGAGUAUCUUGUUUUCGUAUGAGCACACAACUACUUGUUCUUUGUUGAAGAUAAGAAUUUUGUAUAGAAUACUGUGAUCUUUCUUUAUGUCUGUUAGAUUUUUGUAUCUCAUAGCCCUUAAGGAAUUAGGAUUCACAAUGUACUAAAUUAUUAUUAUGAUACCUUCCCAGGUAUGAUGUUAUUCUGUAUAUUGUGACCUCAAUUCAAAUUUUGAAAUAUAAAAAUUGCAGACAAUAAUUCUCUUAACGCCCUGUAUAAGACAACACAUGACUGAUCUCCACUUCAAGUUAUGAUAAUGACAAGAUAAUGGCUAAGUUUGAUAUGAUGUUACUUUCACUGCAGCUUUCACUGGGGUGCACAGGCAUGGAUUAUUUGAGUGGGGGAGGGGGUAUCCUGACACCUCAUCCAGAUUUUCUUUUUUCCACCCCAGGGUGCAUGCAUUAUCUUAAAUGGCUGAUCUGGAUUAGGAUUAUUAGAUUGUGAAAUGAAAAAUUAACAUAUCCUUGUUCAAUAUUGUGCAUGGGUAUAAUGGUUUUAAUUGAUUGGAUGCCUAUAUAAAUUUAGUAUUAUGGAGUCUCAGACUCAAGUUUAGGUCCAAACCAAUCAUUCACUACUCAAAGUAGAUCAUUCAAAUGGCAAGAUUCCUUUUUGUAAAGUAAAGUACUGUAUCAGUGCUUUUAUUUAUAAUAUUUCAUAAAAUAUAGAGCAUGUGAUAUAAUCAUCUGUAUCUAUGUACUUACAAACUCAUGAACUAUAAUCUUGACACUAUGCCUUUAGAAACAAAUAAAAAUGUUUAUUUCUGACA